GUCUUGGUUUUGCUACUACGUAGGAAAAAAGUUAUAGUUUUCAAAAUGCUUCUUAAGGUUUUUUUGCUUUUUGUAUGUUCUUCUUUUUAUUUAUGCAGCAGCAGUAGCAGCAAGGGAAGAACAUUUAUUCUGCAGAAAAAUGUGUCCGUAUCAGCUGUUUUUGUAUUUGGAGACUCCUUUGUUGAUCAAGGGAAUAAUAAUUAUAUAAAUACUUUGGGCAAAGGAAAUUUCCUCCCUUACGGGAAGGAUUUUCAGGGUGGAAAACCAACGGGAAGGUUCUCCAAUGGCAAAACACUACCUGACCUUUUAGUCGAGGCAUUUGGAGUGAAGGAUUAUCUUCCAGCAUCUCUAGACCCUUUGAUAAAAGACAAAGAUCUUCAAACGGGUGUAAGUUUUGCUUCUGGUGGCAGUGGGUUUGAUCCACUUACAACGGCAGAAACGUCUGCUAUACCAAUGUCGGUUCAAUUGGACAUGUUUAAACAACAUAUUCUGAAGCUUAAGAGGAACAUUAAAGAAGAGGCUGCCGAUAAUAUAAUCGACAACAGCGUAGCUGUGAUAGUUGCCGGUAACAACGAUCUGUUUCUUUCUCUCCCCAAUAGAAGACUACAAUAUGAUGUUCCAUCUUAUGCUAACAUGAUUGUCAACCUAGUCUUGAAUUUCAUCCAGGAAAUAUACAAGUUGGGAGUAAGAAGAAUAGCUGUCUUUAGCGCUCCACCAAUCGGCUGUUUGCCUGUUGUUAGAACAUUAGACGGAGGUCCACACAGAAAGUGUGCAGACAAGGAGAAUAAUGCAGCCCAGUUGUUCAACAGCUUUCUAACACAACAAGUUCAGUUAUGGGCAACAAGUUAUCCUCAAUCCAGGGUUGGGGUUAUUGAUUACUACAAUCCUCUGAUAAGCAUCAUUGAAAACCCUCAUAAAUACGGCUUUGAUGUUGCAGAUAGAGGAUGUUGUGGAACUGGAGAGAUAGAGGUGUUAUUUUUGUGUAACAAGCUAACCCCUACGUGUCCGAAUGACUCUAAAUAUUUCUUCUGGGAUGGUUUUCACCUGACCGAGAAAGGAAAUAGCAUCAUUUUAUACCAUAUUCUUCAAGAUUUGUUGAAUUCCUUGUUCUAGUAUCUGGAAGCGUGACAGACAUCUUAUGUGAAGGAACAAAAGAAGUGUAAUGGCCUUCGAUCUUUGUUAGUGAUUUUAACGUCAUCGAGUCAUUUUAUUGAAUUAUCAUUUACACAAGAUUCAAGGAAAAUCUAUACAACAGGGGGGGAACAUUGUUAAAAUAAUAAUUCAAAGUCUGGUCAUGUGGUUAUUUAUGUUUCUGUUCCUAGGUGUGAGAAUAAGUCUAGUCAGUUCCGAGUUUGUUGGCUAGUACCGAGUCGUAGGAGUAGUUUGUUAUUUGUUUUUGAAUUUGUCUGGAGUCAUUGUACUUGCUGCUAUAUAUAGUCGCUCUUUUCCAUUGAAUAAAGCAUCUGAAUUCUGCUGUA